AUGUUUAUUGGCAUGGAGACAUUCCAAUAUACCUUAAGAUCCAACGGCGCCGUUCUUCCUCAGGUAGACUUCAAGAACUUGACCACGAUUUACAUCACUCAUGCUCAUGGCGAUCACUUUUAUGGAAAUGCCGCGCUCAUUGAGCGGUUCCCUGAGGCGAAAAUCCUAGCUACCGCGGAAGUUGUGGCCAAGACGGCUGAAGCAAUACUACCAGACGGAAUGGAUGCUUUUUGGAGGAGACUUUUCCCAGGAGAAAUACCAGAGAAAUUGGUGACAGCUGUUGCUCUCAACGAGGAUCACUUUAUGCUGGAAGGGGAGAAGCUUGUGGUGGUCAGAAUCGGGCACACUGAUACGGAUGAAAAGCACGGCCCUCUGGGUGCCUGCUAUCGAGUUGGCAGUCCGCGGGAGAUACGGUCUAUGACAACACACAUCCAUAUCUAG